AUGCUUCAAUAAUUGAUCCUUAAAACUGAAAAUGAAACAACCAAACAAGCAUUCUAGGUAAUUUCACAAAUUAUAUUUUUAGUAUUUAUUUCAUGGUAGUUUUCAUUUUUCAAUUUAUCCUCCAAGUCCAACUCUAAAUAAAUAUUAAUAAGAUAAAAACUGA